AUGACGGUCCUUCAGAUUUGGGUUCGUCCCCGCAGUGCGACCGUGCGUGCGGGGAUAAAACACGAGCGGCGGUGCGAAUUUACGAUGCGCGUCGCUCUGCUGCUGUUCUGCUGUUGCUGUGUCGCAAUCCGAAUUGGCGGUUUCGGCCGCCGAAUUGAGCGAAAUGCAAUGCGGGAAUUGCGUCCAAGCCGUCGUCUUCCCCGCACUACCGCUUUGUCCAUCGCCAGAACGGCCCCACCAAUCCACUCAUUCGGUCGUCGAGAGCGAAUCGAGGAAUAA